AUGCAAGCUUUAAACUCCACAUUCAAUCUUCUUGGUCCAAGAACCAUAGGGUAUGCACUUGAUAGAAAAUUAUCUGAAACAAGGAGAGAUUUGUCCCUUUGGAAUAGAAGCAAGUUUGGUAAUAUACAUGAGAAGCUCAACAAUCUUCAGCAACAACUAACUGAUCUCCAAAAGCCUGACUCCAGUCGGACUGAUAGCACUCAAGUUGUACAAAAAAUUGAAAAGGAAAUUGAGGAAUGGCACCAGCGUGAAAAAAUUUUCUACAUACAAAAAUCCAGAGAAACUUUCUUCCAUGAGGUAGAUCAAAAUACAAAACACUUUCACCUACAAGCGAAUAGGAUAAGAUCGAGAAAUAGAAUCGAAACUUUGAAUAAACCAGAUGGAACAUGGUGCCAAGGAAAAGAACAACUUGAAUCAUUGUUGGAUAAAAACUUCAAGCAAAUAAUGACAACUGUUAGCCCAGACACAAAUGAUGAGUUGAUGAAUCUCUUGCCGCCUUGCAUCACUGAAGCAGAUAAUGAGUCUCUCACAAGAAUGCCCACGGAGGAGGAAAUCUAUAACACUCUGAAACAAAUGCAUCCAUGGAAAGCACCGGGACCAGACAGAUUUCCACCAGGAUUCUUCCAAGCAAACUAUAGCACGAAUAUGGUGAUCGACGAAAUCAUUAUCGGAGCAGCAUCACGACCAUCUCGUGGACUAAUUGCAGCACCAUCUCGUGCUGGCAGUACUGCUCAACUCGGGACAUCAACUUCAGACGAUUAG